GCUACUCCGACCGCUACCGGCGAAGGCACGGCCUACGGAGCAUCAACGUCAGGGUGACACGUCAAGCUAAUUUCGAGGACCUUUUUCCCCUCUAUUUCACGUACGCCUGAGUGUGAGCGAAUCAGUGCUACACACCGUGAAAAAGGACAGCUGGCACCUUCGGUCUUGCCUGCGCCAGCCCAAAACUAAGAAGAGAUUGUAUGUGAAGCGAGGGCAACUUCUUGAGAAAGUACGUCUAGGCCCAGGAGGUGCAGGAACAGCACGCAAACAUAAGCACUUAAAAACCUCAACCUGGUCGAGUAGGAACCAACCUAAUAAACCAAAGGACCAGGGCCAGCGAAAAUUGGGUGCGCCUGGCGUCAAAAGAAGUUAGCCCUGAAGAUGUUGUAAAGAUUAUUGCGACCACCAUCCACGGUGCGUUGACAUCGUGGUCAGAACUACAACCCUCAUUAUGAAACGAGCUUCCAAGAGACUUUCCACCACAGUUUCAGUUUCAACCGUUCUAGACAAAGCUACGAAAAGCCAAAAAACUACUUCUACGAGAACAGCACCAGAUAGUGCUUUACUUGUUUCAAAAUCUACCUCUAAGUCCAGCAAAACUUCUCCCAAGAUGAAUUUCGGUUCAGAAAAGCCGGUUUUCAUCUACUUCAAGGGCGCGGGGCGUGCCACCGCCGCCCGGGUCGCGCUCUUCAAUGCGUUUGGGGAAAACGGGUGGGAGAAUAAAAUGCUGCCGUACCAGGAGUUCGCGGACCAGAAGGCGAUCUGGCAGAAAUCUUUGGACGCUCCAAACGUCAUCAACGCGGACGGGAGCAAGCAGAUCAAAGACGAUGAGACGGGCGACAUGAAAUCGGUGAAAAAUGACUACGGCGGAUCCUUGUUGCAAACCCCGCUGGGCUACCUCCCGCAGCUCCACUUCGGCGGGAAAAUCAUCACGCAGUCCGCCGCGAUUGCCCGGUGGGCCGCGGGACUGGGGGAGAAGCCCCUGAUGCCGAAGGAUCAUUUUGAACGGCUCGAGUGCGAGGAGUGCAUGAUGGUGUGUGAAGAGAUUUUGGGGAAAGCACCGGGGGAUGCAGAUAACGAGGUAUAGUUCUGUUUUAAGUAUGUGUAUGGUGAUUCUGAUUUCAUCGGACUUCUGAUCAAACACGAAAUUUGUAUUGCAGCACAUGCGGUAGAGUUUUGCCUGUCAUGCGCAUUUCCGCUUUGAAAUUGAAGCUGAGUGACGUAGCUGGUGAACAUGCCUAUCUUCUUCACAAUACAAAUGAACAGAAAAAGCUGAAACUGCGCGCGGAGUAUGCGGAAGGGCCUAUGAAGAAGGGCAUGACCUUAUUAAAUGUAAAAAUGUCUGGGUCUGGGUCUGGAAGAUUCUAAACUUGUAAUGCUGUCUCUGGAUUCUAAAAAAAUUUGUAUUGCAUGACCAGCAAAAGGACUCCAGUUUCUGCUACGUGGAGAGGGCAUGUCUCAUGCGGUAGAGGCAUCACAAAGUCCUCUAAAAAUCUGUGAUGCUAGUUCAUGCAUCACAGACAUCAUGGGUCAUUGAAAAUAUGCAUGACAAAACUGGCAAUCUUUCAGACCCAGACAUUUUUACAUUUGAUAGACCUUCAUCGAAGCCAAAUUGGCGGCGAACCAGGGCUUUGCGGUCGGUUACCAGGUGCAAAUAUGUCGGGGUCGUCUGGAAAAGUGCAAGGUUUGUCAUGCUCGACUAACAAGACUCUCAAGUCUGUCAUGCACGCUAACCAAAAGCCCCACUUUUCUGUGAUGCAGAAACGCAGUCUGUCAUGCAAAAUCGGCAACACCUAGAAGCUCAGAAACUUGGCAUGCUGAGCAAUCACUUAUGGCGCUCUCAUGCUACGCCACACAGCAUCACAAAUUUCCAGACCCAGACCACAGAUUUGCAAAAAUGCAUAUCGGAGGGAAAUUUACCAUCGCGGACGUGUCGAUUAUCACCGUGUUAUCCAAGAAAAAAACGGUGCAUAGUGUAACUCUGUGUUCCAGACGAGGCAAGACACGUACAACUGUCAUGCUGGACAUGCAUCAGAGGCUCUUUUCGGACGUGUUUUCACGUACUAGCUACGCAUGACAGGUUUUCUCUCAUGCAGAGCAAACUUGUGAUGCUGGUCCUCCAAGAAAGUUACACUUACACAGUUUUUUUCUUGCAUACGUGUCCGACAUGGUCUAUUCCGGCGAUUUCGACGGGAUUCCGCCGUCUAUCCACUGCAAAAAUCCAAAAAUAUCGUACUCGUAAAUUGCAAGUCUUGCGUUACAAAUCUUUUUCUUAGGGUAAAUCAGCAUGACAAAUUUUAUUUCUCAUGCUGAGGAAAUUUGUAAUGCAUUUAUACGAGUACAAUACCUUAUUUGCAAUGCAUACCGUCCUACUUGGACCAAUUCGAAGAAAUCAGCCGGCACCGGGCGACGUUACCGAAAAAAGUGACGGUGUUGAGCGAGUACAGGAGAAUCUAUCCGUUUUGAUGAGGGAGAGAUUUUCAAGAUACGACAAUAGUUUUCCACCAUAUCCGGUACUGGUCGAGGUCGUGCCGUCAAUUAUUAGACUCGGCACAAAAUCAUGCAUUUUUUCUUCGAUGCGCAUGCGAGCCAGCACUUCCAGCACGUUUAUUUUUACUUUGUCGACACAGCUAUAUAGCUACGGUCGAUUCAAAUUGAAAGAGCAUUUUUGCUUUUCCUUCGAGGUCUGCCAGUUCAUGUGUUGACCCCUUCAACAACAAUCUUUCAUGAUUGUAUCAUCGGCGAGAAACAAGAGUAAGAGAAAAUAAAAUAUUGUG